AAUUUGACCCAGGAGGACGACAGGAAGGUUAAAAGAUAACGUACUCCUCUCAGCAUGUAACACUGAGUCACCAUGCUUCUAAAUUGUUUUGGUGAUGAGUGGAAAUUAAUCUUUAACAUUAAACCAAUUCACGUUGUGUGUUAGAGAGUUGGAUUUUGGACCAACAAACAAUCUUUCAUUCAUUUUAUUUUCUCUUCUUGGAAACUCCCACAGUAGGCGUGUCUUCUCUGCGAGUGUAUACAUUGAGACAACACCGAGGCCACACACAGAAAAGUUGACUUCAGUAAAUGUUAUUUUAAAUCCAGGUGUUGUCGUUCAGCACUGCAGAAACAUCUGGAUUUACGGGAUCUAACAUCUGGAGCCACAGCUGUUGAGGACGAGAUGUCUUCUUCUCCUCGCCACUGCCGCCGCCUGCUACUGCUCUUCUGGAUCCUGCUGGUUCAGUUUCCUCAGACUCAGUCCAGACCGGCCACCGAGGACACUGACACGGACACCGAGUUGGCGCCUCAGUGGGUAACGCCGGAGAAGAUGGAGAAGCGGUCCUUCGUCAUUCCUACCAGAAAGACCGUAAAGUUUCGUUGCCAAGCGUCAGGAAACCCCGUCCCCUCCCUGCGCUGGUACAAGAACGGCAAAGAGGUCAGGAAGGAUCAGAGGAUCGGAGGGUUCAAGAUCAGAGACCACACGUGGACUCUCAUCAUGGAGUCAGUGGUCCUGUCUGAUGAAGGCAACUACACCUGUGUGGUGGAGAAUGAAUACGGGAGCCUGAAACACACCUAUCAGCUGGAUGUCCUACAGAGCUGUCCUCACAGACCCAUCCUGCAGGCGGGUCUGCCGGCCAAUCAGACGGCCGUGGUCGGCAGUAAUGUGGAGUUCGCUUGUCGAGUGUUCAGCGACCCGCAGCCUCACAUCCAGUGGCUCAAACACAUCACCGUCAACGGCAGCCGAGUCGGACCGGAUGGACACCCGUACGUCGACAUACUGAAGACUGCAGGUUUGUACACGCCAGUUAAAGGACUGGAAGUUUUGACUCUGAAGAACGUGACGCUGAAGGAUUCAGGAAAGUACUCCUGCCUGGCCGCAAACUCCGUCGGAUUUUCGUAUAACUCGGCCUGGCUCACUGUGAUCGACGGUGAAGAACCUGGUCAAUAAUGAAAUCCAACUCACACCAUACCCAAAUCCCAUAUUUUCUCCCUUUAACCUCCCAUCAUCGUCCAGCCCUUCCCAUUCCACCACGCUGGAAACAACCAUCGACCAAAAGCUGCCAAACCCCCAAAACUUCUUUGAAUCAUCGCGUUUGUGAGUCUGACUGAUAUGUGCAGGUCCAGGCUGCAAUACUCAUAUCAAUAAUGUUCUCCCCCAGGAAAAGUUCAGAUGCCCUGACACUACAAAUGGGGACUGCAAACGAAUUAACCUUUUCUCAGGCAGAUCAGAAGAGGCUGCAUUACACCCCAGACCAGUCAGGAGGGAUUGGACGCCCUUAGAAGCUGUGAAAUUUGGUGACAUUUAUUGAUUAAAUAAAUGACUGUUUGUUUAAAAAAAAA